CGGAAGCUGCAUGUUUCCCUUGGGCUAGCCUGACAAGCUGCUCCGUCCGGGAAUUUACACACAACUUUUACUCUGGAGGAGAAUGCAGCACUCGUAGCCAACCAUACUGGAAUCUUUAAAAGCUUUUGUUCCCGUCAGUAAAGUCAGCACAACCAUGGCUGGCUUCAGGCAAGAGGAUGUUGAGUUGUAUUACGAGAUGGGAGAGGAGCUGGGCAGCGGACAGUUUGCCAUCGUCCGUAAGUGCAAGGAGAAGAGCACAGCUAUCGAGUACGCAGCAAAGUUCAUCAAGAAGCGGCGGCUGUCGUCCAGCCGGCGCGGGGUGAGCCGCGAAGAGAUCGAGCGUGAGGUCAACAUCCUGCGUGAGAUCCAGCACAGCAACAUCAUCACCCUGCACGACAUCUUUGAAAACAAGACUGACGUGAUCCUGAUCCUGGAGCUGGUGUCAGGCGGAGAGCUGUUUGACUUCCUCGCUGAGAAGGAGUCUCUGACGGAGGAGGAGGCCACCCAGUUUCUGAAGCAGAUCCUGGACGGCGUUCAGUAUCUGCACUCCAAACGCAUCGCUCAUUUUGACCUCAAGCCUGAAAACAUCAUGCUGCUGGACAAGAACGUCCCUAACCCGAGAAUCAAGCUGAUUGAUUUUGGGAUCGCUCAUCAGAUCAAAGCGGGAAAUGAGUUCAAGAACAUUUUUGGGACACCAGAGUUUGUCGCGCCUGAAAUAGUCAACUAUGAGCCACUUGGACUGGAGGCAGACAUGUGGAGCAUCGGAGUAAUCACAUACAUUCUGUUGAGUGGUGCUUCACCGUUUCUCGGUGAGACCAAGCAGGAGACUCUGACAAACAUCUCAGCGGUCAACUACGACUUUGAUGAGGAGUAUUUCAGCAACACCAGCGAACUGGCAAAGGACUUCAUACGCCGCCUGCUGGUCAAGGAUCCCAAGAAGAGAAUGACGAUCGAUGACAGUCUUGAACACCCCUGGAUUAAGGUGAUCAAGAGGCGAAAUGUCCGCCCAGAGGAGAGAGACCACAAGCCUGAGCGCCGUCGCCUGAAGACCACUCGUCUGAAGGAAUACACCAUCAAGUCCCACUCCAGCAUGCCACCCAACAACACUUAUGUCAACUUCGAGCGCUUCUCCCAGGUCCUCGAGGAGAUUGCGGCAGCAGAGGAAGGCCUGAAGGAUCUGGAGCGCAAUCAGCGCUCGUGCCGGGAGGACGUGGCUGCGCUGCUGUCCAUAUACGAGGAGAAGGAGGGUUGGUACAAGGAGGAGAACCAGAGCAUCUCCAGCGACCUGAGCCACAUCCGCCAGGAGCUCCAGCGCACUCAAAUCCAGCGCAAGAGGAGCCAGGAAGAGACCCGGCUCACCAUGCAAUCCGCCAACAUCCUCAAGCGCAAGUUCGGGCGCCUGGAAAACCGUUACGAGGUCCUGGCUGAGCAGGUGGCCUCUGAGGUCCGCUGGGUGGAGGAGCUGGUCAAGUCCAUAUCUGUAGAGAAAGACGGGCUCGGCUCCGGCAGCAUGCCCUGAAUGAGCCGGGGCUGACGUUCAGUAAUGACACUUCUCAAGUAUCCUCCUGCCUUCUUCUUCUCUGCACGUGUCCAACACAGCGGAGUCUGAGUGGGUCAGUUGUCAUCUUCAUAAGCUAUGCUGCUGCUGCCCAUCGGGAAAAAUAAAAAUCACGCUUGAGAGAACCAGCAAGAAGCAGAGAGGCAAUACGUUGAACCCAUUCCCCCAUGAAAAGGCUCAUUCCUGUGUUUUAUACUUUUAUUUAUAAUUUUAGAGAUUUUAAGUACUGUUACUUGACUGUCAUACGUCAAACUGUUUGAAAACUAUAUUGGCUUUUUUGUUUUUUUUGCAGAUGGAAAAUAUUCAUCUAUUUUUCUUGACUUUCUUAGUUACACCUGAACUUCCCAGUGCUGUAAAAGGCGUAGAUCAUCCGUUCAGUUGCUCUUUUGCCUCAGGUUAUCGGCCAGUUACGCGAGAAAGCAUCGCGAUAUAUACAGAUUAAUAUAGUGUCAGGUUUUCUCAGAGAUCAGGGGUAUUUAUUUAUCCGGUUACAUUUCAGAUUCGGUUGCAGCUAACUUUUAAUAAAUACUGUCAUGUUUGGACGGAGUAUAAAGGAUGCAAUACACAUAAACCCUCAGCAUACAGACAGGAAAGAUUCAGGGUAAUGCUUUGUUUUAAAGGUCAGUGAUAUUUUGAAGGUUUCCUGUAAAGAACAAAGUUUAAUUAGUUUAUUACUGACAUAAACUGCUCAGUUUAAACCCCAGUUAAUAUUUAAUCAGCACUCGGUUAUUCUUGAUAACUUUACUCUUCAGAUAUGCUGAAUUUUAUGUUUGCUCAUCAUCUCACCUGUCAUCUUCGGACUAAAAAUGUCUCAAGGUCGCGUUAGUGUAGCACCAAAUUACACGGUUCUUUCCAGGAAACAUCAGCGGGAAUAACUUUUAUUAUUUAGCCGUUAAAAAAAAGAAAAAGCAUUACCCGAUUCAGAAUGUAUAAACUCAUCUUUGCAGUGCCUGUAAACUGAUCGACCUCAUUGCCUCCGCGAGCACUCAUCUGUCAUCGAGUCAGUGACAUUUCUAUCACAUUGAUAUUGCUCAAUGUCUUAAAACGCAAACGACUUUUUGCACAGUAGCCUUGUAAAACCAAAUAGUGCGCAUGGAAACUUUCUCUAUAAACUGAACCUCUUUGUUAAUAUUCCUGUUCUUCGCUCUGACCGUCUGCACACUCGAAACAUUCCACCGAUAAGUUUCACAUCCAGGCAACACAUUCCCCAUGUAUAGCAUAGAAAGUAUAUUAUAUAGUCAGUAGUAUUUUUUUCAGUAGAGAAAUGUACCAUUGUAUCAUUUGCACUUAAAAAUAAUUAUAGCAGUGUUCCAAAAAAUAUAUUUUAAUCUGUCUUUUAGGUGUCAGAAAAAGCUGUAAAAAAAAAAAAAUUGAACUGUUUGGGCUUGUUUCAAAUAAACAAAUCACUGUUA